CACCGAAAUACAAGAAACAAGCAUUAUCAUUUGCAUUCGGAAAUGUCAACAAGCCACACUGCGCACGCGUGCAUUGCCGCUAUCUUGGAACCCGAUUUUUUUACGGCAAGUCUUUUGUGUUUGUGAUUAUCCGAAAACUACAAUUUAGACAAAUAACUAAUAUGUAUGCAGUUGCAAAACCCCAACGGUGUUUUGUCUGUAGGUAUUCAAAAGUACAGAGAGUACAGUCACAAGUAAAAUAGUGCAAAGUGCAUUUAUCACGCUCGGUGUUAAGAAGUUACUAAGUCACGUGACUGCUUCGCGGUUUAUCUUUUCUUGGUAGUUAAUACAAACAACGUUUAUACGUGGCUACGAGAAUGCUAAAAAGGGAAUAGUUUUGACUACACAAUUAAAUAAGCAAGCACAAACUAAUAAAGACAAUAAAACGUUAAGCCGUUGUUGGACAAAAACAAAAUAAAGUCAGAAAAGUCCUACUGCGCAUGCGUAUAUUGACGGCUAGUCUUGGGGGGGACAAAGCAGAUUUAGCAUUUUGAGUUGACGAGUGUCCGUAAAACAUAAAAAAAAUACAUUCUUGAACAGUAUAAACAAAUACACCGUAUAGUUACACAAACAAAAAAACAAUUGAAAAUUACAUUAUUGAACAGUAUAAACAAAUACACCGUAUAGAGUUACACAAACAGAGAGCCCUACAUAAUCAUCUAUUCGGUUCACCGUUUUUAAUAAACGUAUCCUAAAUGCAGGUACGUUACAGUUAUGUUGCAGUCGUUUAAUUGUGUCCCGAGUGUUGAAAUCCCAAAAGAAAACUUCAAGCAAUUGAGGGCGAAACAAACCUUUUUUCCACCGACGCCGGGACUUGCGGAAGUGUGUGUUGGGUUUCUAUGGCAACGGCGUCACGUCGUAAUAGCCCCCCACUUGUUGAAAAACACGUUCCGACUUCAAGUUAACCGCACAAGCAGCGCACUUACUGUUAUUUAUAAAUAUGUUAUAAUAUUAAUUACGUUACUUAUAUAUACAAUAUAAAUAUAGAAAUAAAACUACUUAAUAAAAAAAAAAAAUUAAAUACAUAUGAAUAAAAUGACGGAGGAACUAGAGCACAUUCCACACACUAAUUUAAAUCUCAGCUUAUAUUCAUCUUUGGAUCGUUCUCGAUGUUUCUGCUCGUACCUGGAGAGACUCUCCGGUUUCAGCGGUGGUGCGUCAGCAGCAGCUGUGCUCAGGCAGACCCACACUGGCUCCAGAACCUUGUCCUCGGUGCUGCGCCACGACAGGAUCUUAUUCUUGGUCCACUUUGUUGGAUUCUGUGGAGAUCACCGCGCCAGCUCUUUCUAGGGUGACCCGGGAGCGGCGGAAUCCCUUCGCAAUGCCAAGAUGGCGCCCGCGCUCCCUCUCCCAGGCACCGAUGCGUUGCGCCCCUUCACCCUGGAAUCGCUGGCGAAGAUCGAGCGUCUCAAAGCGGAAGUGGAGAAAAAGGCUUCCAAAGUAGACAGAAGCGAGGAGGAGAAGAGGAAGAAGAAGGAGGAGGAGGAGGAGAAGGAGGCGCCCCACGCCGACCUGGAAGCCGGCAAGAGUCUGCCGUGGAUUUACGGAGACCCUCCAGCUGAGAUGAUCAACACGCCCCUGGAGGACCUGGACCCCUUCUACAGAGCCCAGAAGACCUUCAUCGUGAUGAGCAAAGGUAACACCAUCUACAGGUUCAACGCGGAGCCGGCGUGCUACCUUCUGAGCCCCUUCAGCCCCGUUAGGAGAGCGGCCAUCAAAAUCCUCAUCCAUUCAUUAUUCAGCAUGUUCAUCAUGAUCACCAUUCUGUCCAACUGCGUCUUCAUGACCAUGAGCAGCCCACCGGCGUGGAGUAAAAAUGUCGAGUACGCUUUUACCGGGAUCUACACCUUCGAGGCCACCGUCAAAGUAUUAUCUAGAGGCUUCUGUAUUGGCUCUUUUACAUUCCUUCGAGAUCCGUGGAACUGGCUAGACUUCAUGGUGAUCAGCAUGGCGUACAUCACAGAGUUUGUUGACCUGGGUAACGUGUCCGCCCUCAGGACGUUCCGUGUGCUUCGAGCCCUCAAAACAAUCACCGUGAUUCCUGGUCUGAAAACCAUUGUGGGGGCGCUGAUCCAGUCCGUGAAGAAAAUGGUGGACGUCAUGGUCCUGACGGUCUUCGCUCUCGCAGUGUUCGCCCUGGUGGGCUUGCAGCUGUUCAUGGGGAACCUGCGGCACAAGUGCGUGCGAUGGCCCAUCCACACUAACGAGACUGCCGACUGGUUCAACGUGACCGCCGCCUUGGAUGACUCGGCUGUUUUUAAUGAGACGGUGGGCGUCAACGGUACCGAUCUCGCCAAUGGUACCUUCAAUUUCCUGGACUACAUCGAGAACUCGGAUAACUACUACUUUCUGGAAGGCAGCAAAGAUCCUUUGGUGUGUGGGAACGGUUCUGACGCCGGACUCUGCCCUGAAGGCUACACCUGCAUAAAGGCUGGGGGGAACCCAAACUAUGGUUACACCAGCCUUGACUCUUUUGGCUGGGCCUUCCUGGCGCUCUUCAGACUCAUGACACAGGACUACUGGGAAAACCUAUUCCAGCUGAUCCUGCGGGCGGCCGGGAAAACCUACAUGCUCUUCUUCGUGGUGGUGAUCUUCCUGGGUUCCUUUUACCUCAUCAACCUAAUCCUGGCCGUGGUGGCCAUGGCAUAUGACGAGCAGAAUCAGGCCACGCAGCGAGAAGCCAGAGAGAAAGAGGAGGAGUUCCAGCGGAUCCUCGAGCAGCUCAAGAGUCAGGAGCAGGUUCAACUCUCUGGGAGUCAAACCUCUCUGAGCAGUAAGAAGUCAAUCAGUCGGCCUUUAGCGUCCAAGCAGGCCGAUGACGAGCGUAGCCUCGAACACGACAACGCUAUCAAGGACUGCAAUGGCAAGACGGUCCCCCGCCUUGUCAUCCAAUCACAGACCUGCUCGGAGUCUGCUGCAGAUGCUGAGCCCAAGGAGAAGUCUUUAGGCUCUGUCCACAGCAUGCUUCACGCGGACGACCCGGGCCGGACGCAGCGGCCUUCUAGCGCCAUGGGAGAGCUGGAGGACUCCCACAGGCCGUGUCCGCCGGGCUGGUACAAGUUCGCUGACGUUUUCCUCAAAUGGAACUGCUGCGCUCCGUGGGUGGCCUUCAAAAAGCGUGUGCACUUUGUGGUGAUGGACCCGUUCGUGGACCUGGGCAUCACCAUUUGCAUCGUGCUCAACACGCUCUUCAUGGCCAUGGAGCACUACCCCAUGACCCCCGAGUUUGAAGACGUUCUGUCUGUGGGGAAUCUGGUUUUCACCGGGAUCUUCACGGCGGAAAUGGUCUUGAAGCUCAUCGCCAUGGAUCCUUACUAUUACUUCCAAGUUGGCUGGAACAUUUUUGACAGCAUCAUCGUCACGCUCAGCCUGGUGGAGUUGGGACUGGCAAACGUCCAGGGUCUCUCGGUCCUGCGAUCCUUCCGUCUGCUUCGUGUCUUCAAGCUGGCCAAGUCCUGGCCCACGCUCAGCAUGCUCAUCAAGAUCAUCGGGAACUCCGUCGGCGCCCUUGGCAACCUGACGCUGGUGCUGGCCAUCAUCGUCUUCAUCUUUGCCGUGGUGGGCAUGCAGCUCUUCGGGAAGAGCUACAAGGACUGCGUGUGCAAGAUCGCCGAGGAUUGCGAGCUUCCACGCUGGCACAUGAACGACUUCUUCCACUCCUUCCUCAUCGUGUUCCGCAUUCUGUGCGGGGAGUGGAUCGAGACCAUGUGGGACUGCAUGGAGGUGGCCGGAGCCGGGAUGUGUCUCAUUGUCUUCAUGAUGGUCAUGGUCAUUGGGAAUCUCGUGGUCCUGAACCUCUUCCUGGCCCUGCUGCUCAGCUCCUUCAGCGGAGACAAUCUCUCCUCGGCGGACGACGACGGCGAGAUGAACAACCUCCAGAUCGCGGUGGGCAGACUCAAGCGGUGCGUCGCUUGGCUCAAGGCGACCUUGGUGGGGGUGCCUCAGAAGAUUCUGGGCAAGAAGUCCAAAGAGACCGAGGACGAGGACUCCAACGCCGAGGCCGUGGAGAUGGACUUGGUGGGCGGCGUGCUGAAUGUCAAAGUGGCCGACAGAACGUCCAACUGUUUGGUGGAGGGGCGGACUUCCGGCGCCAUCGUGGACGGAGAGCUGGGUCUCGGCGCGCCAAUGGCUCUGGCGGAGUCGGACUUUGAAAACCUGGACAGCGACGACGAAGAGAACGUUGAUGGCGAGGAAAGGGAGAAUCCAAGACCGAGUUUGCCUGCAUCGAUCAAACUGAUGGGAGCGCUGACGGACUCUGGCGACUGGUCGGUGUGCAGCACGGUGGACUACCAGCCACCCGAGGCAGAGGUGGAAGAGGAGGAAGAGGAGGAGCCUGAGCCUGUGGAGCCUGAAGCCUGCUUCACUGAGAACUGCGUGACGCGCUGGCCCUGUCUCGCCGCCAACCUCAGCACGGUCGCAGGCGGGCGAUGGUGGACGCUGAGGAAAACCUGCUUCGCCAUCGUGGAGCACGACUGGUUCGAAACCUUCAUCAUCUUCAUGAUCCUGCUGAGCAGCGGCGCCCUGGCAUUUGAGGACAUAAACAUCGAACGACGGCGGACCAUCAAAAUCAUCCUGGAGUAUGCCGACAAGAUUUUCACCUUGGUCUUUGUCUUGGAGAUGCUCCUGAAGUGGACCGCGUACGGCUUCAAGACCUACUUCACCAACUCCUGGUGCUGGCUGGACUUCUUCAUCGUGGACAUUUCCCUGAUAAGCUUGGUGGCCAACUGGCUUGGUUUCUCAGACCUGGGGCCCAUCAAAUCCCUGCGGACUCUGAGGGCGCUGAGGCCUCUUCGCGCCCUGUCCAGAUUCGAAGGCAUGAGGGUGGUGGUGAACGCCCUCCUGGGAGCCAUCCCCUCCAUCUUCAACGUGCUGCUGGUGUGCCUCAUCUUCUGGCUCAUCUUCAGCAUCAUGGGGGUCAACCUGUUUGCCGGCAAGUUCUACCACUGCGUCAACACCACAUCGGGCGAGCGCUUCCCCCUGGCCGAGGUCAACAACGCCAGCGAGUGUGCGGCGCUGCAGGAGGACACGCAGGAGGCCCGCUGGGUCAACGUCAAGGUCAACUACGACAACGUGGGGAAGGGCUACCUGUCCCUGCUUCAAGUGGCAACGUUCAAAGGUUGGAUGGACAUCAUGUACGCUGCUGUUGACUCUCGAGAGGUGGAGGAGCAGCCGUCCUACGAGGUCAACCUCUACAUGUACAUCUACUUUGUCAUCUUCAUCAUCUUUGGCUCCUUCUUCACGCUCAACCUCUUCAUCGGCGUCAUCAUCGACAACUUCAACCAGCAGAAGAAAAAGCUGGGAGACAAGGACAUCUUCAUGACGGAGGAGCAGAAGAAAUACUACGAAGCCAUGAAGAAACUCGGUUCCAAGAAGCCGCAGAAGCCCAUUCCACGUCCCGCGAACUUCAUCCAGGGCUUGGUGUUUGACCUCAUCAGUCAGCAGUUCUUUGACAUCUUCAUCAUGGUGCUCAUCUGCCUCAACAUGGUCACCAUGAUGGUGGAGACCGACAACCAGAGUCCAGAGAAGGAGGACUUCCUCUUCAAGGUCAACGUGGCGUUCAUCGCGGUCUUCACCACCGAAUGCGUGCUCAAACUCUUCGCUCUGCGCCAAUACUUCUUCACCAACGGCUGGAACGUCUUUGAUUUCAUCGUCGUGAUCUUGUCCAUCGCUGGCACGAUGCUCUCUGACCUGAUCGAGAAGUACUUUGUGUCACCGACUCUUUUCCGGGUGAUCCGGCUGGCCAGAAUCGGUCGGAUCCUGCGUCUCAUUAAAGGAGCCAAAGGCAUCCGGACGCUGCUCUUCGCUCUGAUGAUGUCACUUCCCGCCCUGUUCAACAUUGGCCUCCUGCUCUUCCUCAUCAUGUUCAUCUUCUCCAUAUUCGGCAUGUCCAACUUCGCCUAUGUCAAGAAGGAGGCGGGCAUCGACGACAUCUUCAACUUCGAGACGUUCGGAGGUAGCAUAAUUUGCCUCUUUCAGAUAACCACGUCGGCCGGUUGGGACGGGCUUCUUCUUCCCAUGUUGAACACAGAGCUUCCAGACUGCGAUCCAGACUUCGAGAACCCGGGAACAGAUGUGAGGGGCAACUGUGGCAGCCCGGUCAUGGGCAUGAUUUUCUUCUGCAGCUACAUCAUCAUCUCCUUCCUGGUGGUAGUCAACAUGUACAUCGCUAUCAUCCUGGAGAACUUUAAUGUGGCGCAGGAAGAGAGCAGUGACGCACUCUGCGAGGACGACUUUGAGAUGUUCAACGAGACUUGGGAAAGGUUUGACACGGAUGGAACCAUGUUCAUCGAGUACAGCCAACUUUCGGACUUUUGCGACGCCCUGCAGGAGCCGCUGAGGGUGGCCAAGCCCAACCGGCUUCGCUUGAUCAAGAUGGACCUUCCGCUGGUCAUCGGGGAUCGGAUCCACUGCCUGGACGUCCUGAUAGCCGUCACGCAGAUGGUUCUGGGAGACACGCUAGAAAUGGUGGCCAUGCGGGAAAGCAUCGAGACCAAGUUCAUUAAGAGCAACCCCACCUCAGACUCCUUUGCGCCUAUUACCACCACCGUGCGCCACAAGGAGGAGGAAUGGGCCACCGGCGUCAUCAAGCGAGCCUUCAGGAGCCACCUGCUGAGACGCUGCCUGCGCUACGCUGCCUUCAUGCAGCGCUCCAAGAGGAGGGGCGUCCAGGAUGGAGAACCUCCUGAAAAAGAAGGACUGAUCGCACGGAAGAUGGAAGCUCUCUAUGGCAGCGACGCAUACCUUGGAAAGGAAAAGCCAUCAGAGACUCUGACAGCUGAGAUGGCGCCAGAAAGGCAAGACGGUAUCGAAGCCCAAAGGCCAAAUUUCCUGGUUAUACCUGUGGAAAUAACCAACGAGGUGUUGCUACAUUCUGCCCCUCAUCGAAGCCCCAGAGAGUCAGUCGUGUAACAAAAACACUGCAAGAUCCUUUGUCGCCAUCACUGACUUUACUACAAUUGUUGUUUUGUAAACAUAUUGAAGUUAAAUCAUGUUUUUGAUGAAAUCCGAAGCGUGGUUUCCCGAUGCAUGCUGAGGCCUUUAUUUAAACCAUAAGGAACCUUCUUGAAACCUCUAGCUAGCAGUGUUGUAGUCCUCCAGGGCAGCCCAAAGACUACUUUUGCCUGUCUCAUCUCAGGAUUGAUUUUAUUUUGGUCUUGUCAUGGACUCAAACUUCAACACUUAGUCUUAACUGCUCAAAGUCUUAAACUUGAUUUGGUCUUGUCCUUGACACCAGCGCUCCUUGCCUUGAUCUCAGUUUCAACUCCUAAAAGUCUUGACCUUAAAUUGGUCUCAACUUCUCAAAUUGUUGCUCUCAACCUUACAUUGUUCUCAUCUUCUCAAAGUCUUGGUCUUAACUUGGUGUUCACCUGCUUUGAUCUUGCUCUUGACUCAAGGUCUCAUUAACUUGGUCUUGGGUCUGGUCUUGAUCUUAAUUACUCAGUCUAUGUUUUGACUUGGUCUUGACCUCUUUUUGGCCCGUCCUUCACUUGACCACACAUUGCCUUGGUCUCAACUCCUCAAAGUGUUGGUCUUGAUUUAAUCCUGAUUCAGUCUCACAUCUGCCUUGUUUCUGGAUUUUGAUUGCGAUCCCAAAUGUUGUGGUCUUGUCUUUGUUUUGACCUGUGUUGGUCUCGAUGACUCAGGCGCAAAUUGGUUUGGUUUUAAUCUCAACUUCUUAAAGUUUUAGGCUUGACCUGGUGUCACAUUUCCCUAACAUUGGUCUCAAGUCUCAAAUCAAUUGGUUUUACAUCCUCAAAGUCUUCAUCCUGACUUUGUCUUGACAUGUUUUGGUCGAGUCUUACACUCAACUCUUCAAAGCCUUAGUCUCAUCCGGCUUUAGUCCUGGUCUCGACUGAGGCUUGCAUAGUUUCUUAGUCUCAACUCUUUAAAAGACCUUGGUCAGGGAUUAUGGGGUCUUGACUACAAUACUUCUAGCUGGUUCAAGAAAUCCAAAGCAGUGGUAUGUUCGGUUUUUAGAGGACACACGAAACCUGCUUGAUGUAAGUCAGACAGACGUGCUAGCUGUCAAUUGCUUCUUUUCUCCGCGAUCCAAGUCCAAAACAACUUGACCGUCUGCUUGAAUAUUGCACUAUUAUUUUUAGGCCGUCCAGGUCGAGUUGCAGCUGAUGUCCAAGACAACUUCAUGAUGUUUUUGUUUCAUCCUUGAGGUUUACAUGACCCCCGACUUUGCUUUUGUACGCGUGUGAAAUAGUUCUCUCACUUUCUGUCUUAACUGGCUUUAAAAAGUCUUUACAAAUGUUGUAGAAAUGAGUUGUGUGUCCUACAGGAGUCAAACAUUGUGUCUUUUUGUUCCUGUUUUUAGUUGUAACUUGACCUGUGAUGCUCACCAAACUUUGUUUACAUUUAGGAUGCACGGAGUAGCUUUCCUGCGAUAUAACGUGUAUAAAAAUAUAUAUAUAUACUGAAAAGAUGCUAUUCAGUUUCUUCACAAUAAACUACUCCAGAG